GUGAUAGUUCAGCUCAGCAGCACAGAGCACCACUUUGUUUACUAGCGCACGGAUUUUGGACAGAAGAUGAAAUUGCUGCUGGGCUCCCAUGUUUCUGUGGAUGUUUGCCUUCUGCUGGUGCUGCUGCCCGUGUUUUCCCUCGCGCGUCCCCACCACGUCAACAGAUCCCCCCGCCGGGACAGAGGCUCCGGCCUGAGCAACCUCUACGUGCAGAUGAAGAAACUGCAGCGCAUCGCUCACGGACCAUUUAGUCAUGAUGAAUUAAACAUGGACGUCAGGCACAACUUCACUACUCUGCCACACAUCACGUCACGAGCACAGGACAUGGGCAGCCUACAGUUGAACACCACUCUCCGGUCCAUCCAGACGGGGCUUCAGUCGUUCCGGUUCCACUUUGAGUGGCUGCAGCAGGUCUGGCAGAACAGGUCCAUGCCUCCUCCGCCCGAGACGCUGCAAAUCUCCCGAAGUCUGCGGCACAUCGGACAGCUGCUUCAGAAACAGAUAGGAGACCCUCCAGCCAGCCCUGUGCCCCCUGAGCUGCCUGCGCUGACCAAUCACUGGGACAUCUACGUCUCCUCCAUUGCAGUUCAUAAAAGCUUGCAAAGCUUCAGCCACUGGUCGGCGACGGCUCUCCACUUCUUAAUGCGGUCCUCCACCCUGUAG